AUGUCCAGUCUAGGCUUUCCCCGUCUCCUCGUGAUCUCGAAGUCAAUUAUCUGUCGUAAGAAUCUCCUUCACCCGGAGCCGCCAGAUCCGGCGACGGUAACAUCCGUGAAAGGCGCAAACCCUUCGAAACCACCGGAACCACCGAAUCCACCUGAUUCGCUAUAUUCCUAUGGGCCACCGACCCUCUCCCGGAUCUACCCAUCCGCCUUGUCUCCUGUCGGUUCAGUCUAUUCAUCUGCUCUUUCUUCGGUGAACCGUCAAAGGGUCAGAUCUACUUUGGACUCCGGUAUGAGGCCUCUCACCAUCUCGCAAGUCACCUUCAAUGAGCUUGUCGAGGGCAAUUUCUGUCUCCCUCUUGAAGUCGAAUCACCCCUCGCCCCAUGGAAACAACCAUAUCCGCCGCUUCUGUGGCCAGCCUUUCCGGCAAAGAUCUGUAGCUCGGCCGUCGUCUCAGGCACCUCGUCGCCAGCAACUCAAAACCCUAGUAUGAAUGCCAUCCUCUUACGUCUGGACCUGGACCAAGAGAUCACUUUCAAACUUUUGUUUCACCAACGUUUCAUUGGGUAUUCUUCCAUAUGUCUCUACCGGUGGAUCUCCGGGUCUUUCCUCCUUCACGGAGAAACCUUCCUCGUUUACCGAGAGAUCACUUUCGCAAACUUCCUCCUUUUUGGAGAGAUCACCCUCAUCCCAUUCCUCCGGUUCGGAGAGACUCAUCCCACCAACCUCCUCAUACAUGGAGAUGGUUUCAAAACGCUCGGCCUUGACGGCAUCAAGAGCUAA